UCCUUCUCAUUAAUCUUAUUUAUUCAUAUACGUAUGUUUUGUUAAUCAUUUUUAUUAAUUAUCGUUACGUAUUAUAUACAAAUAUUAUAUCGUUAGUACCUUUAUUAUUUAUUUAAAAAAUAUAUAGUACAUACAGUAAGAGACUUAAGUAUUUGUACAGUACAAUAUGUAUUUCCAUAUUCUUAUUAUAAAUACAAAUAUUUAAAUCCCCUACUGUAUAUAUAUCUAUCUAUCACUGUAGUACAAUCAAUUAUUAUUUAAACAAUACUGUAUUUGUUUAAACAUUACAUAGUUAUUAACUUACCUCCAAAAUAAAAUGACUGUAAUAUGAUAUUUCUAUUGAAGGAAAUUUCAUACUCGAAGUAGUUAUAGGUCUGUGAUGUAAGAAUGAGAAAUCGAGAGACUUUGAAUUACUGAGUCAGUUUUCUUUUCUAUUUCAACGAAUAAACAUAGAAGCCUUCUCAAUCUAUACUCGUAUGUUUGAAUAAUUAAUAUUUUCUAUUACUUUAUAUUUAUUUAAACAAUACAGCAUUUGUUUAAAUAUUAUAUAUUUAUACGUGUUGUAUUUUGAAUGUAAAAUAAUCUCGGGUCUUUCGUUCUGAAAUUUUCAACCAGAUGUCGUAUGUAAAUUUAUUUUAGAUAUUGCAGUACUUUGAAGCAUGUUUAUCGUUUUAUUUAUUUAUUUAUUUUUUUAUUAUUAUGGAUUAAGAGAAAUAUUUUUUGUUGACAACAGUUAAAUACAAUUAAAUAUUAAAUUAUAGUCCUAAUUUCUAAGCAUUCAUAAACAAGUUAUGUCAAUAUGCUUGCUCUUCAAUAUGGACAAUUUGGAAAUCAGUUAGGACAUGCAUUAUUUUCAAAACUGUCUGCUGAUAUGGAUGCUGAGAAAACUGGAGUGCCAUAUAAUGUUAAUUAUAAUUAUAUUGAAGAAGUAUUUGAUAAAUGGUUUUCUGGCUUAACCAAAGAUGGAAAACGAUUAGCGAGAGCAAUUCUUGUGGAUACGGAGGAAAAAGUUAUAAAUAAAAUAACUGAUAAUAAAUAUGAGAGCUGGACAUAUUGUACUAACAAUGCAUUUUAUCAAGCUGCUGGUGGUUCUGGUAAUAAUUGGGCAUAUGGGUAUAUGGAAAAAGGGAUUAGAUUUUAUGAAUUAGUAUCAGAUACUAUUCAAUGUGAGAUCGAGAAAGUAGACCAUUUGGAUGGUUUUCUUUUCCUUCUUAGUUCAGCUGGUGGAACAGGUUCAGGAAUUGGAAGUCAUAUCAUAGAAUUAUUACGAGAAGAAUACAAAAACAAAUCAUUUGUUAGCACAAUCAUAUUACCAUUCCUAUUUGGUGAAAUGAGUACGCAGAAUUAUAAUACCUUGUUAACUUUGGUCAAAUUUUUAGACAAUGCAGAUGCAGUUUUUUUAUUUGAGAAUGAAGAUAUUCAUCUUAUGCUUAAAAAUUUGUUAAAUGUAGAUGUUAAAUUAGAAGAUAUUAAUGAUGUAAUAUCUAAAAAUUUAAGCAUAGCUUUUCAACCCAUAAGUGAUAUGCAAAAUAAUUUACAUUCGUUAAUGGCCAAACUAGUUGUAGAACCAUGUUAUAAAUUUGCAACUAUUAAAUCUGUUCCAUUUUUGUCUAUAUUUCCUGAAUAUAAUACAACUAAUACAUGGCAGUCAUAUUUGUACCAAUUGAAACGAAUGCUCAAAAUAUAUUCUACCACCUGUAAUAUAAAAUGUAAAAAAACAAAAAAAUUAUCUCGUGCAUCAUGUUCUACACCAUCUUCAUUGUAUAGUCAUUCAAUAUCAAAUAUUUUGAUUACUCGUGGAAGUUGUACACAUAAAGACAUACAAACAGAUGAGUUACAAGAGAAAUAUUUAUAUGCAGACUGGAUUACAACUGAUCCAUUUACGCAUUUGCACCAACAACGACAUAUUCUAAAUCAUGACAAAGCCUUAGCUUUACUUUCAAAUAAUUCUAAUAUUUAUCAUCCAAUUAAUGAAGUACUAGAUAAAGCUUGGAAUUCUUAUAUACAUUCAGCCUUUUUACAUCAUUAUAAAAAAUUUGGUUUAGAAGACGAUGAUUUUUUGAGAACGUUUGUAAAAAUUGAAAAUGUAUUAAAAGAUUACAAGGAAUUAGAUGGAAAAUAGGCUAACGAUAAAUGACAGAAACCUAAAAUGAAACAAAUUAAAGAAAUUUGAUAUGAAAAGAAAAAGAAUUUCUAUAGUAUGUCUUUUGUUAAGAUGAAUAACCGUAUGUAAAUGUACAGGAAAAAGUGAGUUUGUAACGUGUUGUAAUAUUGAUUUUAUGUAUAAAUUUUAGAUAUAA